AUUGCGAUGAUGUAACAACCAUUAGUAACAACUCAGCAUUUAGAGAUAGCCGAAACGGCAGCUGCGCGUUUGUUUUUCAUUUUAAACAAAAUAAGAGCGCGCUGACGUCAUCGAGGACUUUCAACAUGGCGCUAACCACAAAAGGAAUAUUUGUGAUCGGCGCGAAAAGGACCCCGUUUUGCAGUUUUGGCGGGCCCCUCAGAGAUACUCCGGCCGGGUUGGCUUUUGCGGCCACGGCGAAAGAUGCCAUUCAAAUGUCCAAGCUGGAUUCCACUUUGAUCGAUAAUACAGUUAUAGGAAAUGCCCAUUACCUAAGUCAAUGUGACGGCGGGAAGACUGCGAGGUAUUGCAGCCUAUAUUCAGGUGUACCGAUAGACCGACCAGCUUUGGCAGUCAACAAAGCCUGCGGAUCGGGGCUCCAGGCUGUCAUUACUGGUGCACAGGAUAUCCUAACAGGCAUGGCGCGCGUGUCACUCACAGGAGGCACAGAAAUCAUGUCGGCACUUCCUUUUCUAGUGAAGAACGUUCGUUUUGGCUCGAGCCUCGGCAGCAAUUACACUUUCGAAGACCACAUUCAGAAGCAGUUCCUCGACUCGUACAGUGGGCUGACGCUGCAGAGGAUGGCCGAGGACUUGGCGAAGAAGUAUGGCAUCAAGAGACAGGAGGUCGACGAGUUCGCUUUUAACAGCCACAUGAAAUGGAAGGCAGCUCAAGAAUCCAAGCUCUUUGAUAGCGAGUUGACUAGCAUAAACGUAACUUUGAAGAAGAAGGAGGUCGUGGUUGAUAAAGAUGAACUGCCUCAACAGAAAAUAAGUUUAGAAGGACUGUCUCUGCUGCCCACCAUUAUUGACAACGCUUCUGUUAUCACUACGGGGAAUUCUAGCGGUCCAGCUGACGGCGCAGCAGCAGUUCUCAUAGCAGACGAGGGUACUGUGAAACAGAAACAGCUCAAACCCCUCGCUAGAGUGACCGGCUGGGCUUGCCUAGGGUCUGAUCCCUUGGAGCCGGGAUUGGGAGCCGUACCAGCUGUGGAGAGACUGUUAGCAGUGGCUGGACUCACUGUGAAUAAUAUUGACUUGUUCGAGAUAAACGAGACUUUCGCCUCGCAAGUGCUGGCCAGUGCCAUGGUGCUGAACAUAGACCCCGCGAAGAUCAACGUUAGCGGUGGCGCCGUAGCUUUAGGCAACCCAGUGGGAGCCACUGCGGCGAGGAUGGUCGUACAUCUAGUGCACGAGUUGAGGAGGCGCAACUUAAAGAGAGGAAUCGUUGCAUCAAGUUGUGGUGGUGGACAAGGCAUUGCAGUGCUCUUUGAAGCAUUAUGAUCUCAAUAAAUAAUAUAAUAAUCUCAGUAUUAUUU